AUGGCUCGCAAUGAUUUGUUGGUCGUCGGAGUACUAAUCGCCUACUGUAUCGCCGGAGGAUCGUCUACCUUCGCCGAUGAAAACCCGAUCAGACAAGUCGUUGACGACCUGCAUGACCUCGAGACUUCCAUUCUCCAAAUCGUCGGAAAUUCCCGCCGCGCACUCUCCUUUGCGCGAUUUGCUCAUAGGUAUGGGAAGAGAUACGAGGGCACUGACGAGAUGCAGAAGAGUUCACACAACAAGAAGGGAUUCCCUUACACUCUUGCUGCCAAUGAAUUUGCUGAUUUAAAUUGGGAUGAAUUCCGUAAGCAUAAAUUGGGAGCUGCUCAGAACUGCUCUGCUACUACAAGAGGCAAUCACAAGCUCACUGAUGUUGUCCUUCCAGAAACGAAAGACUGGAGGGAAACUGGUAUAGUUAGCCCAGUCAAAAACCAAGCAAACAUGAGAAUCCCAUUAAUACCCUUNUGCUGGACAUUCAGCACUACUGGAGCCCUAGAGGCAGCUUAUGCUCAGGCAUUCAAAAAAGGUAUUUCUCUGUCCGAGCAACAACUUGUGGACUGUGCUAGAGCAUUUAACAACUUUGGUUGCAAUGGUGGCUUGCCAUCUCAAGCUUUUGAGUACAUUAAGUAUAAUGGUGGACUUGACACUGAGGAUGCAUAUCCAUAUACUGGAAAGAAUGGGGUGUGCAAAUACACAUCUGAAAGCGUUGGUGUCCAGGUCCUCGACUCUGUUAAUAUCACCCUGGGCGCUGAAAAUGAACUGAAACAUGCAGUAGGAAUUGUUCGGCCAGUAAGUGUGGCAUUUGAGGUGGUAACUGGCUUUCGAUUUUACAAAGAGGGCGUUUACACCAGCACCAGCUGUGGCAGCACUCCAAUGGAUGUGAAUCAUGCUGUUCUUGCCAUUGGUUAUGGAGUUGAAAAUGGUAUUCCAUAUUGGCUCAUCAAGAACUCUUGGGGAGCUGACUGGGGUGACAAUGGCUACUUCAAAAUGGAGAUGGGAAAGAACAUGUGUGGUGUUGCAACUUGUCAGCCCCAGUCAGUGCCCAGUUCUCUCCUCUCUUCUUUUGUUGGUUCCGUAGUUUUAUAA